AUGACGACGAACAGCAGCACGGCUGAGGAUGCAGCGGUGUCCCUUACGGCGCUGGUGCGGACCACGACGGACGUGAUAUCUCAGAUCGAAGCAAGCGUCCACUCGACCGCCGUUGGCAACACCUCCGAUGUCACCGCUCCGCCACCGUUGUCGUCGAGCGCCGGGUCCAUCGAUCCGCUCUCCCUCGCUCACGACUCCGCCAUCCUGAUCAAAGCUCACACCACGAAGUUAUCCCUCCUCAUCAUUAACGAGCCUUUUACGCCCUCUGCCAUCGCCAAGGUCCUGCGUGAGCUAGUAGCCAGCCCCGUGCCAGCCAUUGCCUCCGCCGUCCAGCUUUGUCACGUCGAAAAAUACACCGCAGUCCUCCGUCAGGACCUGGCAUGGCGGUGCCUUCGUGUAUUGAAAGAGCUGAAGAGCCUCGUCGAAUUGAUCCCUCUCGAUGGGAGGGUCCUCCCAGAUACUCAGAAGAACGGCGGCCAGGGAGGCAAGGGCAGCCUUGCCGCAACGGGCGUCAUCUGGGCGGCUUGCGACGACGUCGUUCUUCUGAAGAAUAUGGGAACCGUAGGGCUCCUGGUCAAAAAGGCCGAGGAGUACCGAGAUACGCUUAAGGACAUACUCGAGGAGUUGAAAGAGUACAGAGAGGAGGUUGACGAGGAGAAUGACGGAGAUAGCGAUGGAGACCAGACGCAAGCGGCCGGGAUCCCGAGUGUUGCCGUCCAUAUGCAAAGCACACACCUUUCCGCCCAGGAGAUGCUGGACGAUCUUAUGGCGCCCAGGCGUAUACCGCGGGGUGAUCCCGACAAGAUCCGAGAGCGCCUAGACUCGUGCUUAAAACGGCUACGUCUGACCACCCUACUCUACGCGGCCAUCGUCAAACGACGAUUAAAAGCUCUCCCGUCGCUGCCCACCGCAUCGCAGUCGACGAUCACGCAGCGCCUAGAUGAGGUAUUUCCCUUGCUGAAGAGACUGCCGCAUCGGUUCGGCGAGGUGGCGUGCGCAUUUUAUGAGCUAGAUCGCGACUCUAUCGACCGAGCAAUGGAUUGCUGCUUCUUUGACGCCUUUGCCGCGUCAGAAAUGCUAAUGAAGCCGUGGGAGGGCCAGAGAGACGAGUUCACCGAGUGGGCCGAGAAGUUCCAAGUCGGCAUCAAGAAGCCAGACUAG